CACGGACAGUGGAGCGGGCGUAGCUCUUCGUAGAAUGCUGUGACUAAGUCUGUCUCCCCCCAUGUACUCUUGUGUGUCUACGCCGGGAGCACGUGACCCCUACUCCAUGUGCCCCCAUUUAUUUAUUUUUUUGGUGGGACGUUCAAAGGUUCGAGUUCCGGACAUAGUCUUUUACUCUUACCCGUCGUUUGCGGCCAAGGCAUUGGGACCUAGCCAAGUAGAGGAGUUUACCACACGGGGAAAUGCGCUUAGUAACCGGAGUUACCCGCACGAUACACCCGAAUUCUCGCGGUGCCGUGUGUGGGGCUUCGGCUUCGGUUCGGGAGUCGCCUGGCGACUCCUUCCUUACCGUUAGCCGACACCCACUAAAACCCCGCCUCCCUUGGUCCAAUCGUCUGGGAGAUGCUCCUCGUUUUGUAUCGUCUUUGUCCACGUCUUCCUGACCAGGGAAGGUUUGAUUGCUUUUGGCCCGUAUCUGGCAGUGUUCGUCAUCACGCAAUCGAUGAGCAGUCGUGUGUUUAUGGCGCGUAGCCACCUGUUUUGGAUUUCGCGUCUGGAGGCCUCAUCCUUCUCCUGGAUUACUCAGCCGCGACAGGCUGGCGUUGCCUAGGCCCCGUUUUCUUCUUCCAUAUCACGUUCGCAAGAUCCCAUAUCUGGCUCUGGCCGGCGGCCUCGCAUCUGAGCAGGAUGUGUUCCAUGUUCUCGAUCACCUCUCCGCAGUGCUUGCAGUACGCCUUCUCUUCGUGGCCUGGUAUCUUACGCCAGUGGUCUCCAACUUUAUAGCCGUCAUGUAUUAGCAUCCACAGGAAAUAUCUGACGCUUCGGGAGAAGUCUUGGUGUCUCGUUGAUAACCAUAUUUGUGCAGUGGUUGCUGCGCCUCUUGGCUCUGGUUCCAGGAGUACUGUUGCUUCUUUUGCCAGUUCAAUAUUACGGGUGGUUGCUUUCUGGUCUAGAGCAUCCUGCGAUUGCGUCAUUGCCUUCAGCUUUGCUCCUGGAAGGACAAGGGACUCAUUGAUUCGUGUAUCGAUGAUAUCCGGAGCAUUCUUCCGGCGGCCUUCGUCUGCUAGACGGUCUCCGUUUGCGGUGAGGAAGAAUCCUUGGUCUUCCCAUUUCCGAAUGCUUUGGGAGCCCGGGCGGGCACAGGUCAAUUGUUUCCUUCACUGCGAGCAUCUCUGCUACCUGGUUGGAUGGGCCGAACUCGUUGGGGAUCUUAAUUGCCCUAUUCAUGUUAUCGUUAUCAUUGAAGUAUAUUCCCGCACCGGCUUCAGCUCCUUCGCGGCCAUUGUUUGUUGCAGAGCCGUCUGUAUUUGGCGCUGCGGCAUCCAUGUUCCUCUCGUUGUCCGUAAAGACUCUGAAGAUAUCGCCCACCAAGCCUGUCGUUGUUAUGCGUUGGUCUAUAUCUCGCGUCUCGACGCCAUUUACGUUGAUCACUUCGGGUGUCAUUCUGUGUUCAUAGUCUUCGGGUUGGGUUUUUCUAGGGUCCCAUUUGGGGUCUAGGGUGUCCAGCAUCUCACCGGCCUUCCUGUAGCAUACAUGUGGGCUGGUACAUCCGGUGGAUUCUCUGACUUCGGUACACGCAUUGCACCUGCAUCGCUUUGAGGCGACAUGACGGUUAGUCCGCAUCUUCCGUUCGAGCUGGACUGCAUCUUUGACAGUCUUCAUUUUAUGUUUCUCCUUGAGGCACUUGAUAGUAUCUUUCUUGUAUUUCCACAUUCCAUGUUCUGCGUUCGAUUUUGUGUGGUGCCAGAUUAUCAUCUGGCCCUGUAUCUCUCGCGACACGGCUAUUGCG